CGCGAGCAAACACCAACUGCGGACGCCCAUGGACGCGUCCGACGAAAUGUUCCGGCAGGAUGACGAGUUCCUCGAGUACCUCAUGUCGCUGCCCAAACCGCAGGAGGAGCAGCGACCCCUCAGCCAGGCCGCCCCCGCCGACUCCAAGACCUCCCUGGAGGCGCCCUCGAAGGUUGGAUUUGAUCACUUGGACAACUUGUGCAAGUUGAUGGAGCAACUGGGUGACCUGAAGGAACAAAACAACAAACUGCAGAGACGCGUGCAGUACCUGGAAGAUUUGCGAGCCCUGCAGGAAAUGCACAAGCAACUGUUGGCUCAAACGCAAAACUCGCAAGAAAGCCUGCUGGACAAGAAAAAAGAGGACGCAGAAACUUUGGAAACGUUUGAGGAUCUGGACCGGCAGCACUCGGAGGAAUUAGAAGACGGGACUCUCCCCACCAAAGCCAAAGUGUCAAAGUGGACGCGCGUCAAAGAAGCAUUCAGGUGGGAAAAAGCGCAAAUCGAACCUCAAGAAUCAAGAUCGCAGGACAGUGGAAUUGGCCUCUGUCCGGACAGGACGGGCCACGUGCUUCAAGCGUCAGUGGAAAGCCGUGAUAUCAGUGUUGGUGCGGAAGAAUCAGUGCUACUGUGCUCAAGUCAGUUACUCAGCUCGUCUUCGUCCUCCAAUGAGGAUCUUUUGGACAUCGAACUCAACUUCACAGCACUCAGCGAGGCGACAAACACAUUUAUAGAAAAGUCUUCGGAAUUGAGACAACCAUCAGAGCAACUCAUGUGCCGGUCGACGUCGCCGACCGACUUGGAAACGGAGCGGCGCAGCAAAUCGACAGACAGCACCCACGAGGAGUCUGGCUUGACCAAACUGGAGAAAAAAGCGGGACUGAAGACGCCGUGGAGCAAAGUGAAAAACAUCAUUCAAACGCGCCGCGGCAGUCUGAAGAGGAGGACGGUGCCCGGCUUUGCCAGACUGAGUGACGACGAGCUCGAGGACGAGCCUCUUUGGCAGAGGGAGCACCACAGGUUUCGGGCCGAGCACCAGCACAAGAAACUGCCCGUGCUCACCCUCACCAUGCCGUCCACCGAAGAGGAAAACGCCGAAAACGCUUUUGCAGCUUGCCAGCCGAGGAAAGAACCCUUCCAGAGAAAGAUUUCGGCACCAAGAAGUGGCAGUUUGGGAGUUUCGCCGCCCGUCGCAAGAAGGCCUUCGAAAUGGACCAAAGUUAAGAAGGCGUUUUUGACCUCACGGAGAUAUGACGAGGCACCUAACGCCAUUUCAAUGCCAAGCAGCCCCCAAGCUGGAGGCUUCAAGUUUUCCCAGCACGAUGACAUCAAGGUUAUUGUAAUUCCAAAUGGAGCGAGAAGAAAAAGCACCUCUGGAGACAUGGAGCGGCCAGACAGGUUAACCGAAGACGCAAAUCACUAUCACUUGUCACCGCAGUUUCGCAAAAGAUUGCUCGAGUGGCAAAUAAGAAGAGCGAUUUCAGGCAAAGCAGCACCUCAAGAGGAGGACGAUUUGCACCGAGAAUUACCCGAAGAGUUUGCCCGGAAAUUAGAGGAGUGGAAGAAAAUAAAAGAGGGGAAGCUGAGUCCAAGACUGAGCAGGAAAGACUCGGAAAAGGUCAAAGUGGGGCAAAAGGAAAAGCAGCUGCAGUGGUUGGAGAAGGAGUUGGGCAAAGUGGAGAGAGAGAAGCAGAGACUGGAGCGCGAGCGCGAGAAGUUCCUGGAACGAGAGGCGAGACUGGAGAGGAUGCGCAGGGCCAUGUACCCUGGCGAAGGUCGCGACGGCCCUGAGCAGGAGGUGCUCAUCCAGACCUCGACCGGUUUCUUCCGUUUCCACGGCAUUUCCGAGCAGUUCACCAAGAAACUGUUCGAGUGGGAGCAGCAAAGAGGAAUCGCCCCCGAAGCCUCGACCUUCGCCCUUUUGGACCCCAAAUACCACCCUGAGGGCGAGGCGGAGGGUGGAAAUCUCAUCAGGUGCAAGUCUGUGGGAAGUGUGGCCGAACAAACAACCGCCUCAAGCUUGAUAGUACAAAGUCAGCCUUCCAGUUUGUCUUUGAAUGACGUUGAGGCGCUCGAGGCGGAAUUGGAAGAAAACAGAAUGUCAUCGGAGCCAAGAUUAAGGGCGGAUAGUUUCAAUAGGGCCAGGACAGACAGCAGGUCAAAGCCACGUUCGCGGUCAAACAGCAAAUCAAGGCCGAGGCCUCCGAUUGGACGGCCACCGAUCGCCGUUCAGGACGUUCCAAGUGCUGUGAUCGUGGACGUGGAGGCCACUGUAGAGGUUACGGCCCCGUUGAGGUCCAUUCCAUGCAUUCAGCCCGAAGUGCCGCAAUGGAGCACGGCCGAGCAGGAAAAAAUGACGCUGACGCAAGAGGACAUUUGCACGAGUGAAGGCCAGAUUCACAUCAAAAGAGCAGACUCGGUACGAAGCUCGAGCAGUCACCAGUUGUUGGAGGAAAAUAUGAAGUUGCUCGCUGAACUAAAGGAGAAGGAGGCGAUAUGCAGGUACGCAACCGGCCGAGCUGUGCUGUUCAGCGGCACAGCAUGCACCAGUCAAAAGCAAUUGGAGUUGGAAAUCGAACAAAUUGAGAGGAAAAUGCACGACGUAUCUCACACGCAACAAAAACAAUUAGAAAGGCUUCGGAGAGAGGAAAGAGACACAGACGUCCGGUAUGAGGAGCCUUGCGAGGACAGGGUGCAACGGCUGAGGCGGAGCGUGGUCGAUUUGGGCGCUCGGAGGGAGAGACUGCAAAUGCAAACGCAGGCCCUUCAAGACUCGUUCGAGGAAGCGUCACAGCAACAAGCGUCGCUGGCACAAAGCCUAAUGGACCACAUGCGGCUGCUGAAACAGGGUGUUGAGGAGGAGGCGGCCGCUUGUCCACCCCAGUUUCGCCUGGACAGCGCCUACGUCGACCCUGUGGCCAAGGUGGAAGCUCUCUCGGCCCAACUCAUCAUUCAGGCUGAAAAACUGGAAAAGGCGCUGAGUUCGCGGAACCAACGCGAAGUGCCCACCAGGACAACCGACCUGCACACGUCGGCCUCGCUGGGUUGCCUAAGCCAAAGGAGCUACGAACAGACGUCGUCCCCUCGCCGCAGCAGGGUGAUUCAUCAGAAGCAAAGCUCGCAGGAACUCGCCGAACUGCCGCACUUGCUGACCAGCAAAGUUCUCGAGUUGCAGCAAGGACUGAACAAAAUUUGUGCAGCUUCGAAAGAGGCUGAAACUACAACAAGUCCUGAGCGAGAGACAAAUACAGAGGACGAAGACAGUGAAUCUCCGACAGCAACCUUUGUCGUGCGACUGAACAGGCCGCAAGCACCGCCACCUGAAGAAAUGCCCUCGUCUCCGCAGGCGUUCUGGCGGCGCGUCCAGGUGCAGAGCGAGCGUUCCAGCAGCACCAGUUCCUCAUCAAGCGAAUUCGGCAAAUCCGACGGAUCCUACUCGAACGAAGUUUUGGCCGCCCUGGAACGCAAGAGCACUUCGCAGGAGCACCCUCCGCUGGACGACCUGAGCGAAACGAAACCGCCCUCGGGUCGCCCGGACGAUUCGUCCGAGUUUGAACCUCGCACGCCUGUGAGGAACUGCAGCCUGAAGAGGAGCAAAAACUUCCGCACCGAAAGCAGAGAGACUUGGAAACAACAGCAAUUCGUCACUUCCGUUUCGCCCUCGGUGACGACGACGGAGGCGAGCAAACUGAAAACGAGGAGGGUGUCGGACACCCACGUGGCCUACCGGAGUCAAGAGGGACCGAGCGUGAUCGUUCCGACGACGAGGAAAAUCUUUUCCCCGGUCCAGAGUACGAACGACUCGAUCAUAGGGUAUGUGGUGAGCGAAAGCAGCAGUUCCUCUUCAGACCAGAGACAACAGGACGUGCCACCUUGGAGGAGAGUUCGCGACUCGCAAUCGGCCUCGCCGGCCCUGCCGCGGAAAAUGCUGUGCAGUUCUCCUGAGAGUUCUCCCCUGAGACCUCGACGCCUUUUGGGCGACGGCGCGCUGCCGCCACCCUUCCCAAGGUCGCCGACGCCCUGCAGGAAGAACGCCAACGGUGAGCCAAAGGUGACGUCUCCAAGCAUCAAACAAAUGGUGGCCAAGUACAACCAGCGCGGCAACGGCGCCGAGCCGAGGGCGUCGACCCCGGUGUGGAGGUCGCCCGUUUUGGAGCGGAGGGACGGCCAGGUCAAGGCGCAGAUGACCAAGUACCAGGACGACAUUAAAAAGGCGCUCCAGGACGGAUUCACAGGUGCUCGGUGGAGGAAGAGCGUGCAAAAGUCAGCUAGCGCCGGCGCCAUCAGAUCUCCUCAAACUCACGAACCGCAAGAACCACCACCACUGCUGAAAUCCUCAAGCGCCGGUCUGAUCAAGUGUCCCGUGGCGCUGACCGUUGAGCCUUUAGAAUCUCAACCACCAUCUACAUUGACACCCCCUCCUCCGUCCAGAAAGCACUUUGAGUUGCCCAAACUGGAAAUCAAAGUUGAAAGCGACUUGCCACCACUGAAGGAUCCUCCACCGUCGCCCCUGGACGAGUCCAUCGACCAAACUCUGAAAGAGUACCGCAAAAAACCAGCCAGUCCUCAACUGUUGGGUAAUCCAAGGGUUCACCGAGCACCCUGUUUACGCGCCUUGAAACUGAAACGAGCCAGAGAAGAGUUCCUGUCUCGCGGCCCUGGCAGCAUCAGUGCCUCUCUGGGCGAACCUGGCUGCAGGUUGAGUCAGGCGAGCGCGGGCAGUGGCUCGAGCUACGAAGAUCUGUUGCUCGGCGGCAACGAGGGCAUCACCAAGUCGGCCAGCGCCGGCAUGAUCAACGUGGAGGCGAGCACCUUCCACCGGCUGGCGGCAGCACCGUCGACCACCCUGGAGGCCAGCAAGAGCGUGUCGGACAUGAAGCCGGUGCGCAAGUCGUCCGGCUCGCUGCUCUUCGGAUUCUCCAGUUUGGCCUCGAAGUUCCGAAAGGUGCGGUUGCGCAAGAAGGAGCACCAGUGUCUCAGCACCGUGUCCCAGUUGUGCAGGCAGUCGUUGCUGGUGGACCUGAACGUGGACAAAAGGACCCUGCCGUCCACCAGCACCAGAGACUCGUCGCCGUCCAACCUGACCAACUCGGAAAGCAAGAGUUGUCCGAAUUCACCAGAAUGGAUGAGGAAGAACUUGAAACGAUGAAUUUAACGCAAACGAACUGACCAGAUUUUAACAAAGGAUUAAAUUAAAUUGUGUAAAAACUUUAAUAAAAAUAAGCCAA